ACUAGCGUAUAAAUUACAUACUAAUUAAUAUAUCUGGAACAAUUCUAAACGGAAUAGAGCAUAAACAAUUGUGUAAUAUUAGUACCUUCACAGUAACAUUGUUUUAAUUUGGCAGGUUAAUAUUUGGAAGAGGAUGUAGUUUCUUCAGUCAGAACUUUACUUCAAAUUCAUUGGUCAGUUAGCAGGCAGUAACCGGAAGUAGCAACGUUAGCCUGACUGACUAAUCUCACCGUCCCCCGAUAAGAAAAAAUAAAAAAAAUAAACAUUUUUAUGUUUGUGUAAGAACAGGUGUGUGUUGUGUAUUUGAUAUUCUAGUCUUCGCGAUGACGUAGCUUAUUUAAGGCUUAAUAAACGGAGGGAAUGAGUGUUUGACCGACCGUUAGCAGCCAUGUAGCUAAAGCAGCUAACAACAGAAACUUAAUCAGUAUUUCUGGCUCUGACGCGUUUAAAAGUUUUUGCUUUGAGACUACAGGACAAGUCAGUCUGUACCUCUUCUGACCUUGUUGUCAAGCUGAGGACCGAGAGCCUGGAGACAGAGUGGACACAGAACUACUGACCAAGAACAUAUGAAGAUUGAAGGCAAGGACAGUGGAAAGAAAAAGUCAACUGGAUUGAGGAUGUCUGAGGUGAUGAAGGUUGAAGCAUAUGAAACUGGAGGACUCAGGAUGGAGACCCCCAUACCUGCAGCAUCCACAUCAGAACUGGAGCACAAUGAAGACAAGAAGGAUCUCAAUGUUCACAUGAUGGGAGCUAAAGAAGAGGUUCCCCAUGACUGGAGCUCUAGUUUGGACCAGCAGAACUCAAACACCGCCCACAUAAAGGUGGAAGAGGAGGAACUAAGCAUCUAUCUGAAGGAAGAGCAGCUUACUGUGAAAAGUGAGGAUGAAGAGAAACAGGUCAUGGAGCAGAUCAAAACUGAAGAAGAAAGUAAGACAGACAGAGCAACCAGGAGCACAGCAGAGAAGAGAAAAUCAGAUUGCUGUGGAGGACCAGAACCAGACAGGAACCCAAAUCCAGCAUGCUUUUCUCAACAAAGUGAGAUGAUGAUUCACAAAACGAGCCAAAGUUCUCAAUUGUGCUCUAAACCUGCUGUUCAGAGUGGAGUACAAUCAGGAGAAAAGCUGUUUCGUUGCAGUAUUUGUAGCAAAAGUUUCAAAAACAAGAAAUGCGUUAGGUUGCACAUGAUGGUUCAUGUACAAAGCAGGAACCAUAGAUGUGACCUUUGUGGAAAAUGUUUUAAAAAAAACAGUUGCCUUCAGGAACACAUUAGAGUCCACACUGGAGAGAAACCAUUUGCCUGUGAUGUUUGUGGUAGAAGGUUCCAUGCGAAAACAAUUCUUAGAGAUCACCUAAAGGUUCAUUCAGGAGAAAAACCAUUUUCCUGUGAUACUUGUGGUGCAAGAUUUAAAAGAAACGUCUGUCUUACGAAGCACUCGAAGAUCCACGCUGCAGAGAGACCGUUUGUCUGCAGCCUUUGCAGUAAAGAGUUUGUGCACGAAAAUAAUUUCACGAGACACAUGCGUGUUCACACAGGGGAGAAACCGUUCAUUUGUGGUUUUUGUAGUAAAGGAUUUCCUCUACAAACUCGUCUUAACAGUCACAUGCGCGUUCACACAGGAGAGAGACCCUACAAUUGCAGUGUAUGCAGUAGAGCAUUUUCAUAUCAAGAGACUCUAAAGCGACACAUGUCUGUCCAUACUGGAGAGAAACCAUACACCUGCAGUGUUUGCAGUAGAAGCUUUUCACAUAGUGAUACUCUAAAAACCCACAUGCGUGUUCACACUGGUGAGAAGCCAUUUGUUUGUAGUGUUUGUAGUAGGGGAUUUUCACAACAGAGAUACCUUAAUGGUCACAUGAGUGUUCACUCAACAUAGAGUCUUGUUUAAUUUCAGUGUUUGUAGUUGACAAGCAGGUCUAAGAAAUUGAUGAUUGUAUUUUAAGGUCUUGGAAGGAGACACAGAUCAAGCAGCAACAGAUCUCCACUUAACAGAGGUUUGAGAGGGUAGAUUUUAUGAAAAGUAUUUUGCUAAACGCUCCUUCAGCUUUCUUCAAAUUUUCAGUUGGAAAGACCGGAAUGAAGUCAUAAUUCCUACUAGGAAAGUUGGAGCUCACCAGGCAACUCCAUGUUUUCCGUCAGCCGUAUGUGCAUGUGUAGAAUCUAGUGAAAGUUGUUAAAAUAGACUAUUUUCACUUAACAAUGUGUGUCUCAUUUAAUCAGUGGUGCUCACAAAGCUGUAGGAUAUUUACUGAACAUUUCUUAGUCUGUUUCAAUGUAUAAAAUAUGGAGAGAUAUAUAUACUAACCACCUUGUACUUUUAGUUGGCACCAAUACAAAUGGCAAAUCUCAGUUUUCUAGCCUGAGACCAUAAUGCUGUAUUAAGGUUUGAGGUCCAACUCUCUCAGGUUUUAGUUCCUGAUGGAUCCCCACCUCCUUUGGGAGGAAAACCCUCAAAAAGUUUGUAUUCAGGGUGGUGAAGGAUUUGACCAAACCCCUAUAUAUUUUUUUUCUCUUAAUGUCUUGCAGGCAUAUGGGUCCUGUAAAGAGAGCAAAUAUCUACAGACUGACUGGUGCUUCCUGUCAGACAGGAAGUCUCUGUGAUCCACCUGCAGAUGGAUUCAGAGAUGUAGGUGCCUGGAGAGUUCAGAUGUUGAAAUAUGAAUUAGCACAAAACAGAGCAUGCUAAAAUAUACUCAUCUGUGAUGGCACUGAAAUAAUCUUAGGGGCAACCUGCUAAGGCAAAUAUCUAAUAGAAGACAUUAUAUGAUGUAAAUCUAAAGAAAAUAUGUUGUAGUCAACUCUAAAAAGGAUUUGUGCAAUAUUUUACAUUUCCACCAGGCAAAUAGCAUUUGAUAUUUGUUGUUUCAAAGCAAAGUAUUUAGAUAAGCUGAAAUUGUUAUGCUGCCUGCUAAUAUUUUCUCAAAAACCCUAAGCUACUUUUUUAAACCAUUCAAAACAGUGUAAGAGAAAGGUCAGGAUUACAAAAUAGAUUGAACCUACUGACGGACACUCUUUUAAUUCUGUAUAACAGUCUACACCCAGCAAACCCAGUAAGUGCUUUAUAUCCUUGUUUAUGGUAAUUGUUUCUGUAUUCCAGGAAAUGGUGUAUUUCUGCAUAAAGUUUCAAUUAUCUCAAUACACUCAUGCAUUUUGUAGAACCAGCACUUUUUCCACAAUUAUGUACUUUUUCUUUUUGACAUUAACAUAUAUUCUCAACUUUUACAUGAUAUCUGUGUUAAUUCUUAUGUGCCUCUGUGCGAUUUCAACAUUGAGAAAUAAAUGGUAAUUUUAU